AUGGCACCUAUCGCGGUCUCUCCCAAGGCAGCCCCGGCUGUCCCUGCUGGUAAGAGCAGCAACAAAAAGGCCAACUCCAAGCAGAAAGGCACCGAGAAAGUCAACUUUGCAUCGUUCGACGUCACCGAUCAGGUCUUCUACCGCUCGGCAGACGCAUCCUGCUCUGCCAUCGUCAAUCUCAAGCCCAUCGUGCCCGGUCACGUCCUGGUCAUCCCCACCAAACCCUAUCACAGACUGUCCGAAGCGCCAGCAAAUGUCGUGGCUUCGCUCUUCCAGAGCGUCCAGGAGAUCUCCAAGGGUCUCGAAAAGGUGUUUGAGGCCGAUGCGCUGACGAUCAGUGUUCAGGAUGGCGAGGCGGCGGGCCAAACAGUGCCUCAUCUUCAUGUGCACAUCUUGCCUCGCAAAGCGGGCGAUGUUACGCCGAACGACCUGGUGUACUCGCACUUGGAGCAGUGGGGCUUUGAUGUCAAGAAGCUGCUGAACAAUCCGAAGGAGCUCAAGAUGGAUGCGGGUGACGACAGAAGUCCGAGGUCGAAGCAGGAGAUGCGAAAGGAAACCGAAUUCCUGAGCUCCUUUUUCAACGCCAGUGGCAAGUUUGAUGCCAAGAAGCUCGAGACGCUGCAGUCAAAGGCGAGCAAGCGAGCGCUGAAUGCUGUUGCUCCAGUCAAGCAGAAGCGCUCCCGCGUGGAUCGACUUCCGGUCACCCUGCUCAGUGGCUUCUUGGGUGCAGGCAAGACGACGCUCCUCGAACACAUCCUCACCUCCAGGGACCACGGCCUCCGUGUCGCCGUCGUGGUCAACGACAUGGGUGCGCUCAACAUCGAUGCAUCCCUGCUCUCCAACCACCGCGUCACCCAGGCCGAAGAGAAGGUGGUGCAGAUGCAAAACGGCUGCAUCUGCUGCACGCUCCGAGGCGAUCUGCUCGAGGAGGUCGCCGCGCUCGCCGAGAACCGCGAGAUCGACUACCUGCUGAUCGAGAGCACGGGCAUCUCGGAGCCCAUGCAAGUCGCCGAGACCUUCUCGGAAGAGUUUGCAGACAUGUACACGCAGAUGGCCGAGGAGCUGGAGGACGAGAUCCGCGCCGACCCGCAGAAGAAGGAGGAGCACGAAAAAGUGGCCAGGAUCCUCAAGCAAGGUGGACUGCCCGCAGUGGCUCGACUGGACACGUGCGUCACUGUUGUCGAUGCGGUGAACCUGUUCAACGACUACAACACGACCGACUUCCUGGUCGACCGCCACAAGGACGACCACGACGUGCCCGAGGAAGACGACCGCAACAUCUCGGACCUGCAGACCGACCAGCUCGAGUUUGCCAAUGUCAUCCUCAUCAACAAGUGCGACCUGGUGGGCAAGGAAGAGGUCGACCGCAUCCGCGCCUUCAUCCGCCUGCUCAACCCAGACGCGAAGAUCAUCCCGACCACGCGCAGCCGCAUCGAUCUCAAGGAGAUCCUCAACACGAACCUGUUCAGCUACGAAAAGGCGGCGAUGGGAGCAGGCUGGCUCAAGAGUCUCAACGAGGAGAUCAAGCCCGAGACGGAAGAGUACGGUAUCGGCAGCUUUGUCUACAAGGCGCGUCGGCCAUUCCACACGGCGAGGCUGUGGGAGACGAUCCGCGAGGUGUUUGUCGUCAUCCAGAGCGAGUACAUCGACGAUGGCGAGGAUGAGGACGAAGAUGACGACGCCACCAUCGCUAGCGACGACGAGACCGACGCAGAAGAGGAGGACAUGGAGGUGGAUCAAGAAAAUGAAGACGGCAUCGACGACGAAGCGCAACCUCAGCUCAACCCACAAGCACGACUGGAAGCCAAGAACGCUAGCGACACUUUCGCGCCGCUGCUGCGAUCCAAAGGCUUUGUCUGGCUCGCGACGCGACCGCUCAUGUUUGGCGAGUGGUCGCAGGCGGGCAUCAUGCUGACACUCCAAGGCGGCGCACGAUGGCGCUGCGAGCUGGACGAAGACAUGUGGCCUCAGGACAAGGAGAUUGUCGAGGCGAUCAAGAAGGACUUUGUCGCACCGUGGGGCGACAGGAGGCAGGAGAUUGUGCUCAUUGGCCUAAACAUGCGCGAGGGCGGAGAGGACAAGCUGCGCGCUGCGCUCGACAAGUGUCUGCUGACGGAUGCAGAGAUGCAGCAGUGGGAGGGAAUCAUGAACGACUCGAGUCUUGAGGAUGUCAAGCAGAAGCAGGCCAAGCUGCAAGAGAUCUUUGAGGACGGCUUCGAAGACUGGCCCGAUCACGAAGACCCGGAGGCUCAUGAGGGCCACAACCACUAG